AUGUACUGCAACACAAGAAUGCAUGAUUUCUACUACCGGAGAUAUCAGAACCAAAACCAAUACCAGUACCAGUGUGUGAAUAAUAACUGUAACUGUGUUGGUAAUAAGGACACCUGCACAUGCUCUAGUAGCAGUUUGUCUUCCUGCUUCUGUGAGUAUAAAAUCUCCAUCCAAACCACACUCAGUCCAACUACUGCAGUUCCAAAUAUCACUCUGCCAGAUCAAUGCAAGAGUCAGGAAGGGUGUCUUCAAAAUGUUCUUGAUCAAAUUGAGAACAUCACAGCUCAAGUGCUGUCUGUGACUACUGUAAAGGACAUUUUGUCUGUGGUUUUCAACACAUCAGAGAAGAUAUCUGAGUCCUCAUCAUCAAACCCAGCUGUGCUUGCCUCUUAUGGAAACCGUGUGUUAAAAACCAGUGAGAAACUAAUUUCUACAUUAGUGAAGCCAACAGACACAAGUGAAGGUGUAAAUUUUACUCUUGCUUCUGUAGAGGGUCAAGUCUUCAUGGUUGGACCUCAGGUCAGCUUAGUUAAAAUCCCUCGACUCGACACGACAAAUUCUUCUGUGGACAUUGAUCUCAUUGGGAUCGCAAGGAACAACACUGAAAGAUCAGCUGCUGUAGCUUUCAUGAGCUACAACACAUUGGAGAAUCUACUGAAGCCAGACUUCUUCAACACAUCCAAUGACACGAUUAAAACCAUGAUGUCCACUGUGAUAUCAGCUACUCUUCCCAAAACCACCAACACUAAGCUAACUAAACCAGUCAACUUCACCCUCAAACACAUCAGAGAGUUUGAUUCCAAUGGUUCCCAGUCCUGUGUGUACUGGAAUGUCGGCGAGUGGAUUGUAGAUGGUUGUUCUGUUUUAAAGACCAACAGCAGCCACACUGUGUGUUCCUGUGAUCAUCUGUCCACAUUCGCUCUCAUCAUGCAAACCAGCCGCCCACCAGAGAGCGACUCUCAGCUGGAUCUGUUGAAUUUGGUGUGUGUGAUCGUGGGACUGGUGUUCUUUAGUUUGGCCCUAUUGACCUUUGCCCUUUGUCAGUGGAGUCCUGGAGUGAAUAAUGUGGCUCGAAUCAAUAUCUGCAUCAGUCUUCUGUUGGCUCACCUUCUGUUUCUGCUCACACAGCAGUUCCUGAGCCUCAUACGUCCUCUGAAGGUGCUGUGUGCCAUGAUCUCAGGCCUUCUGCACUUCCUCUUUCUCUCCGGCUUUGUGUGGAUGUUCAUUGAAGCUGUGCUGCUCUUCAUCUGUGUGAAGAACCUAUCACAGAUCAGCUACAAAAAGAGGGAGGUGCUUAGCAGUGGAUUCCUGUGUGUGAUUGGAUAUCUGGUUGCUCUGGUUGUGGUGUGUGUGUCUGUCGGUCUGGUUCCUGAAGGCUACGGCAGUGAAGAUUGCUGGAUUAAAAAGGAUAAAGGUUUUAUCUGGAGUUUUCUGGGACCUGUUUGUGUCAUACUAGCCUUAAACAUAAUUAUCUUCAUAAGGAUUGUCUUCACUCUGUACUCAACUCUCAAAAAUCUCAACGCUGAAGUUUCACAGAUGAAACAAACCAAGAUUAUGGCGUUUAAAACACUGGCUCAGUGUGUGAUUCUUGGUUGCUCCUGGAUUCUGGGUUUCUUCACUAAUGGCAGUAAGGUGCUGGAGAUCCUCUUCCUGAUCUUGAACUCCCAGCAGGGAACCUUUAUCUUCCUGAUCUACUGUGUCCUCAAUAAUAAGGUCAGACAUUUACUAACUUUAUAUCUAAAAUCUGGAUAUUAA